UAAGAUUUCAACACUAUUGGCCGUGCAACCAAACUGUGAACGCGCAAACAGAUUACUUUAUUGCGCGUAAAAGGAUUCACAGACUUCAAAUGACAGAGAUGGCAGAGGCUGGGAAAUCUGACCUUUUGGAACUCACAAAUGAGCAAUUGAAUCACUAUACAGCCGGAUUUAGCGAAGAAAAUUUUUUGGGUCAAACAAUGUUUGGUAUGUUAUUUCGAGGCAAGAUCAUCAAUGUCCCAGAGGUAGGACAGACAAAGGAGGUGAUUGUGAAGAUAUGGAAGAACCAAAAAAGUUUGUACAUCGAUGGAAUUGAUAAGUGCUCCAGAUUGAAGGACGAAGUACGUGUAUUGCAGCAGCCAAGAAUGAGGAGUCAUCCCAAUUUGGUGAAUUUGAUAGGGUAUAGUGACCAGGAAGAGCCUCUGGGAGUUGUUUACGACCUGAAUCCGCGGGAUAUAUUGCAAAAUCUGCUGGUUCAAGAUGACUUCGGUUGGCUACAAAGAAUUAAGGUUGCUCUAGGAUUUGCGCGCUUGCUAGAGUUUUUGACCGACAAUGGUGCAGAAUAUUUGGUUCGUAAGAUUGAUGCGACCCAAGUAAUGAUUGAUCAGGACUAUAACCCCCUUCUAUUUGAAUUUGUACCACUGAGUGAUGGUGUUGUGAGUGAUAUGUCAACUUUGUGGAAAAGGAGGUUAAGGGGAGCCGUUCUUAGACAAUCAUCUAAUGCUGGUUCAGAGACAUGUCUAGAUUGUGAUGUGUAUGGAUAUGGUGUUAUACUUCUGAGUUUAAUAGCCAAAAGAGUUGCAGACAAGGAAAGGCCAGGCGAGACUUCAGUGGAUCUCUGGGCACGGGAAGCUUAUAUGCCAAAGAAGUCAUUCUUCAGUAGAAAGCCACAAGGUUCACUUGUUAAUGCAACCUUUGAGAAUGAUCCUAAUUUUGAUGAGCGGGACGGACCAAAAAUUACAGAUCUAGCAAUGCGCUGUAUUCAAUGGGACAAACGGCCAAACAUGAAGGAAGUUGUUCAGUGUUUGGAGGGUUUACACGUUGCGAAAGAUCAUAGUGAGGCACUUGCUUUUAACAGUUGAAUUUCUGAAUGAUUGGAUUAAAGCUAUAGCAAAGAUUCAGGUUCUUGA